AUGUUUAUUAUCAUACUUUCUUACUCAUCAUUGAAGGGAGAGCUUGAGAAACACUUUCAAGUGUGCACAAACAAAACAUUCGGCUUCAAACGACAAAUCACAAAUCAAGAGCGCUGUGAACAGUUUUUGCGGAAUGCAAGAUUACGAGAGAAGCGAAAGCGCGAGACCGGGGAAAACACAGAUGGAUCGCCAGCACUCAAACGUUUCCGACAGUACGCCGGCCCAAUUACCAUCGACAACGACCUACUGCCAAAUAUCGCACCCAACGAACACCAUCAGAUUUCCGAGUCUACGCGACCAUUCGAGCGUAUUCCCAAGUUUGUGUCGGAUAACGCAGGUGACCCUGCUUUACGUCACUGCGACAUCAUGGUUCUCGCAGAUGAAGAACCUGGAACGGAUGCUCAGCCACAUUGGUAUGCUCGCGUCAUCGGGAUUUUUCACGUCAACGUUUUUACGUUGGACCCGACUCGUCAACAUCAUCAAAUGAAGCUCGGAGGAUGGAUGUUCUAUGAGUUUGUUGGUUUGAGCGAUUCACAGCCCGUCGUCUGCCUCCGAAUCCGAUUGGAAUUUUUCGAUGGGAGUGAGGAUCGCGUGUUUGGAUUUUUGGACCCAAAUCAAGUCACUCGAGCCGCUCACCUCAUGCCUGCAUUCUCGCAAGGGCGUACUCGAGAACUUUUGGGUCCUUCCAUAGCGCAUAACGAGAAGGAUGAAGAGGAAUGGCUAAAGUACUAUGUCGGCAUGUUUGCUGACCGUGAUAUGAUGCGGCAUCUCGGUGGGGGUAUAGGACACAAAGCGACGUAUGAUUCUGUCCCUCCCACACCCGCACAGGAUCUUGCUAUGGAGGAUGACGACCAACCCGGAGAAGAUGAUAACGGGGCUGAAGAUGAGGAUAUGGAGGGGGUAGAGGUAACGGGGGAUAUCGGAAGUGGCGAGGAUGAUUAUGAGAGCGGCGAGGGUUCAUCAUGUGCUGGGGAGGAGGCUGACUAUGGGUACGAGGACGAAGAAGGCUCUGAGGUUGAUGAGGAGAUGGAAGGCGAGACGGAAGAGGUUGACGAGUUCUCCGAUGACGAGUCUGACGGCUCUGCAGAGUUGUAA